AUUGGGCCAAUCACGAGAUAACUUGUCAUGUUGUACACGGCAUACGAGAGACGGUCAGGCUUAGAUGAAGCAAAAGUGCUGCCCUGCAUUUGAUUAAAAAUCACGGACUUAAUUCCUCCAAGUCAUAUGUUUCUGAAAUUUUGGGUUAGGAAGUACUCACUAAAGAGAGAUCUGGACACAGUCUCUACUCUCUUGCAAUGGACUUAAUGAUUGCUCUGCUUAAAACCGACAUCAUUCUACGUAUUGCGGUGAGAGGGAGACAGACACGCAAGUUAUCGAACACUAUUUAAGUCGUGAUGAUUCUCAGAUGAGAGGUCUUCUCAGAAACUCAUCAGUUAAUAACUAUCCUCACGACGCUCAUAUUCGACAUAUCAAGUCACGCAUUCACCAUCAGAUAUAAAGUCACGCAUUCAUCAUCAGACAUCAUGCCUACAUUCAACAUCAAGACCACCAGCGAGGAGGUCGUUGCGGCUUUCGGAGACCAUGUCAAAGGCAAGACCUUCGUUCUGACAGGUGCCGCCUACGGAUCUCUAGGAGGACACGCAGCUGUGUCUCUAGCCCUUCGAGAGCCUGCUCACAUCAUCAUUGCCUCGAGGACCGAGGAAAAGGUCGCGCCGGUGCUAUCGGAAAUCCAAAUUAUUGACAGCUCCAUCAAGACGACCUUUGUUCAUCUCGACCUAACCGACCGCGACUCCGUACGGCAAGCCGCUGAGAAGAUCCGUGCCGUCGCGCCCAAGAUUGAUGUGCUCAUCAACAACGCCGGUAUUAUGGCGAUUCAAGAGUACAAGACUGACAAGCAUGGCGUUGAGAUCCAGUUGUCGGCUAACUACCUUGGCCAUUUCCUUUUGACAAACCUACUCCUACCGAACAUCCUGGCUGCCGGGCACAACUCUAGGAUUACCAACGUCACCAGCGUGGGAUACAGGUCCAGCGAGUUUAGAUUCGACGACUGGAAUUUCUCUGACGGAAAAACAUAUGACCCAUGGACAGCUUACGGACAAGCAAAGACCGCCGAGAUCCUUUUCGCAUGGGCGCUGGCAAAGCGCCUUAAGGACCGUGGUGUCACAGCAACGGCCUUGCACCCAGGGAUGAUCGCGGGGACAGGGCUUGGCGAUCACCUCGACGCGAGUACAGCCUUCAAUGACAUCGGAACUAUUGUGAAGAGGAACACUGGUCGCGAUUGGGACUGGGCGGACCCCGAAGCGCUACGGAGGACAUUGACUCAAGGUUCGGCCACAACACUUGUCGCGGUGCUUGAUCCUGAGGUUCCGGCAAGGUCACCAGCAUACUUGACUAAUGGCGCUAUCGGAAAGGCAUGGGACUUUGCUACUGAUUAUGAGAAGGCUGACAAGUUGUGGACGUUGAGUGAAGACAUUUUAGGGCAAAAGUUCCAAUAUUGAUUUAUUCGGUAACAUGGAAUCGAGAGUCGUAUUGGUAUCUCCGGGCAGAUGACAUAAUUUUGGAG